AAUGGUGAUGAGAGCUAAAGGCAACGUCUAUCAUCUAGAAUGUUUCGCGUGCCAACAGUGCAGUCACAGAUUCUGCGUGGGGGACCGCUUUUACUUAUGUGACAAUAAGAUUCUUUGCGAAAUGGACUAUGAGGAAAGGAUGGUCUAUGCGUCGAUGCCUCCCAGUGCCGUUCCACCGCCUAAUUAUAACUACAAUGCCCUUGCACAGAUGAAACGCCAAACUCAGAAUAUCAAUGCAGACGACGCGUCAAGCGGAUACGGAAGUCCUAGUCCGAAUAGUAUAGCCACCACUAAUCACAAUACGACGACUACUACAACAAUUACUGUACCCGCUGCACAGUUGCAUUGA